AUGACGGCCGACGCACGGCGCCGAUCCCACGGAAGUGAUCAUUACCGUCUGAAGACGACGUCGACGACCGCCACCUCCGCCGUUAUCAUCGUCGCCGUCAUCGCAGCGAUGGCCGUCGCGGCGGCACGCGCCACCACCACCUUUGAGGGUGGCGAGACGGCCACAGAGCCGCCCGACGACUCGGUGUACAUGAUCGAAGAGGUGGCCGCGUGGAACGCGACGGCCGCUGCCGCUGGUGAUUACGAUUACGAUUACGAUUCGUCCACCGCGGACGCCCUGCAGAUGCCCGGUGGCCGCUAUUCGCCGAAACCGGAAAAGACCAUUGCACCUCGCGUGGACGCCAGCACCGCUGUGCCUGCCGCCACCAUCACCGUCCUGGUGCCAGCAGCCACCGUCACGGAAGUACCUUUCACUAACGCCACUGCCACUACCGUCUCCACUGUCACUACUACCGCCACUACAGCCUCCACUGUCACUACUACCGCCACUACAGCCUCCACUGUCACUACUACCUCCACUACCGUUUCCGAUACAACGGCAGCCUAUUCUACCACGACCACGAAGGUCCGGCCGUCCACGUCCGAGACCACGGUCGUUACAGCCACCGACGCCCCAACGUUUCUGACGGCCACCACUGAGUCCGUGGUGUUGAUGCAAAUCGCCAGUCCACUGGGCUAUGGAGUGACGAACGUCACCACCGUCAUCACUACUCCCUCACCAACGAUUCCGAAUUCUUCGGCGCCGCUGCUGCAGUGUCGGUGGUGGAUUGCAACCUUAUUGCUAUCGCUUGCCUUCGUCGCUACCGUCGCUUCAUAA